GUGGUUGUCUCUCCUUGGGUUGGGGGCGUGGCGGGUGAGGGGCCAGCCGUGUGUGUCUAGUCUCACCCCAGAGUGCUGUCCAUCUCUAGAUUUUCUACCCAGAGUGAUGUAUAUCUAUAGCCAUGGGGGGCUGCCAUGAGCCUCUACCCAUGGAGCCGUGCUUUUCUACCCAGGGUGCUCUGUGCGUUUUUACCCAGAAUGCCGUGUCCAACCCUGCAGCAUGAUCUUGUUUAAAGCGAAGGCUACAAAAACUCAUAAUCGAUAUUAGGCAAACCUCAAAGAAAUGUCAAACACUACACAGUGACGAUAAUGAUCUCCACCAUCAUAAGCGCCACUAUACAUUUAUAUCUCCGUCAUCUUUAGGACCAUUAUUAUUUAAAAUCUUGACUUACAGCUUGCGUGACUGCAGGAAUUCAUAUUCUUUGGGUCUUUCGGUAAAGCGACGUAAAUAGAAAAAUAAUAAAAAUAUCACGAACUAUAUCUAUAUUUUCUCCUGCCUCGGUAGCUCUCCCGAUAUCUUUUUUCACCUGAUGACGAUUGCUUGUGAUUGAAACGUCGUUAUAUUUGUAUUAUUUUCUAUCUACGUGGCUUUACCGAAAGACCCAAAGAACAUCAUGUUAUGUUGUUAAAAUUUAAAAGGGAGGCUGAGCCUUGAGCAGUGAGCGGGCUGAGCCCCCCUUGCAGCCCCAAAGAUGCUACGGGGCUGUUGUGAGUGUCUCAGGGUGCCGUGCGUCUCGUAUCUCGACACAGAGGGCCUUGUGUCUGCCAAGCAGGCCUUAUUGUAAUCGUUGAGGGCAUCCGUGUGUCUAUUUUCCGGACCAAAUGAAACCUAACGUCUGGGCUGUUUGAUGCUAGAAGACCUCGCGUAUCGCCUCCCACACCCGCACGCAUGCCACCCACAUUGAUUUUUGGCAAGCUCAUGCAUAUUCUGAAGUUGUCCCAUGCAACACGCAAAUAGCAACAGGCGUUUUGCCAAACAACCCGAAUUAGAUCUGGCAAUCGCUCUGUGCUUGCGCGUGCGUACGUAUGCACACACACGCCCCACCGCACGUACACACAGAAAUAAGAGCACAUACGCAUUUUGCCACAAGUACACAGUACUUAGUCAUACACCCGCACAGCGAUAGGCAUGCACAGUCACAAGUAGACACGCGAGUACUCUAGUCACGUACACACUCAGAGCCAUGUACACACAGCUACAAGUCCACACAUACUCUCCCGCAAGUAGACACACACAAGUUGACACAAAUACAAUCAAAACCACAUGCACUUGCACACAACCACACAUACUCACAUAUGUACACAAGCACACAUCAAUGUACACACACUUUUCAAUACGUAUACAUGCACAGAGCUGAUUGAAUGUAGGUGCAACUGGAGCUAGCUGGAAACUACACGUGCACAUACUUGCACGCACGCACACAACUAGACAUAUGCAUAGUCACAAACACAAAGAUACAACCACCCACAUGCACAUGUGCAUGCACAAAGACACAGACACGUACACACAAAUCACACGCACACAGGCACAUAGAGACUCAAUAUGCAGACAUAGCCACAUGCCAUCACACACAUGCACACACAGCCACUUGUACAAACAUACAAUGGCACAUACACAUCUCUUGAACACAACCACACAUGUACAUAGAGAUACACUAAUGGCCAUACACUUAAAGAUACUUACACAAAAGCAAUUGAACGGGCACGCACAUAUCCACCGAAACAGGCACAUACACACGCAGUUAUACACAAUCACACAGCCACGUGUACAGACAUGCAAUCACACACGUGCACACCCAAUGACAAGAAUCACAAACAAAUCACACACAAAUACACUCACUUCCAAAUACAUGCAUGCACAGCUACCCACACGCACAUACAGCUACACACCUAAGACCACAAAACUUACAAAACGCAAAGACAAAGAUCCCCCACAUAGCCUACAUAGGCUGUUGGGGCACUCACUUACAGACAGACACGCUCGCGCGCACGCGCACGCACACGCGCAGGCACACACGCAUGGACACACAGCCAAGGGACGUAAGCUCACUCGUGAACCAAAAUGGAUCGGUGCUUGAGAUAAGAUUAACUGUGAUGCCAUUUCAUCUGAAUUUCAAUCUUUCCAGAGCAGCGUCAAUGAGUGUCGGCAGCGAUCGGUCGUGCGCUUCACGUGGGGAAAGGCAGCUCGUCCGCACUUCAAAUAACCGCGUUUCACGAUAAGUGAUUCUCCCCUCCUUCGCUUUUGGUUUUAUAGCUGUGAGCGUGUCGGUGCCGCCGUGUUGGUGCUGUGGCAGCGCAGUUACGUAACUCCGUGGGCUCUGCUUUGUGUGUUCGUGGUUGCGGUUGGUACGACUUGUGCUUGAAACUUCAUAGGCUUAACAAAAAAAAUGCAAGGAAUGUACUUUUAAAUGAUUUUAGUGUGUUUUUUUACUUUUCUGUCAAAGGGACACGUCAGGUUUGUGUUUAGAAAAUUGAGAAUUUAUGCGCUUGGCACGCGGAGUGGAUUUAUUAGUCAAAUAGCGGAGUGUGAGGUCCCGGGAGGUGGGAGUGGGGGAAUUUAAAAAUUAACUGUUGAACUCGUUUCUUUUCUUGUAAAUAUUAUACUAUGAACAUAUGCUGCAUUCAUGUGUGUGUUUUCUUUGAAGCUACGCUUCAAAUAAUUUGCUGUACCUUUGCUUAAGCAAAGCCCACUGGUCGUGGUGAAGGAUUUUUAAUGCGGGUGUGUGGAGAGUUCUGGUGUUUUCACACCAGAUGAAACCACAGCGACUAGCCGGCUAUGAAAUGAAAGAUUGAAUAACAUGCAGGCAGAUUGUCACACAGGUUAAGGCGGCUUUUGUACAUGGAAAAGGCGGUCUCAGUCAAAGUUUUCCCCAACUCUGCGGCCCCUUGCUUCAAACUUUAAUUAAAAUCUUCACGCGCGCCAGUAACUGAUACUUGGUGUCACUGUCCGUGUUCUUGUCAUUGAUAUUUGUGCCUCGAAAGGAUGUGUGGAGUAUUUUUUACAUAAUUUGAUGUAAUGGUGGUCGGUAGCAGCGCCUUACAGACUCGUCAAAAGGUUGAGGUUUUAGGUAGAUUUGCUUUUUUAGAAAAGUUGUGCAAUGGUAAUUUGUGAACCCGGCAUUCAUUAGUGUAAUUUGACCGUUGUUCCUUUAAUAGUGCCUCGUCUUGACCUAGAUAGAUGACCUUUAUUUAUAACUAAGAGCCCAUUGAGACCACGAGUCUCUUUAACCUGACUUCACAUUAAGCGUCUCCGAGGAUCUCGGCUCCAUUUUCACUGCGUGUAAACAAAGUUAACGUUCGAUUUGCCUCUCCUAGCUUCAGCCGUCUUGUCACUGUAACUUCAAUAAUUAUUUUCAACAAAAAAAUACUUUCGCCAGCGAAGCGUGCGAGAUGCGUGAGGGCCGCUCUGUGGUCAGCCCUGACUGGAGGGCGGCCGCGCUAAAGAGGUCUGAGGUCGUGACCCAACAGCCCCGAGUGCUGGCGUCCGACCGGUUCAGGGUCGGCGGGUCGGGGGUGAACGGCGCGUUUUGGGUGGGCGAGACGGCCCUGGGCAGGUCGGAGGUUGCCGACCUCGGGCCAGGGUUGAGCGCGGCGGUGGGAGGAGUGAGGGCGAUUAGGGGGCCGGGCAGGGCGGAGGAGACGGUGCAGGGGGUACGGUCACUCAGGCAGGACCCCGACUUGAGGGGGGAGCUGGCUACGCUGGCGAGGGGCUGCGAUUUCGUUCUACCGUCCAGGAUCAAGGGUCGCCUCAAAGUCAACUACCAACGUCGCAGCCCCGAGGCGCAGGACACACGAGAGGAGUCAAAACCCAAACCGGUCCUGCACAAUCACCUCCCGCAUGCUCCGGAUCCUGACCCACACCCUCCGAGCUCCCGGAUUCACAGCCUCAGCUCUUUCAAAAGCUCUGGGGAAUCCGUUCCUCACUCUCCAGUCUCCUCGACGCGCAAGUCCCCAGCUCCAGCGCUGCGAGGAUGGAACUCGCGAGGGCCGAUGCCACAGAGCGUACUCAUCUCCGAACCCACGCCACCUCCGCCACCGCCACCAUCACUACCAUCUGCAGUGGUUCAAAACAGUCCGGAUCCAGAUUUGCAAAUUCCGAUCGCCUUUGCACAAGUCCCCGAGCCGGCGAGUCCAGGCCGGGAGGGAGUGGAGGAGCAGGGAGGUGCUGCCGGUGCCGUUGUUGUGAUCUCAUCCACUGUGCCCCCGGCACCGGAUUCAAACACUCUCCGUCCCGGUUACGAAACCCGGAAUGUGGAAUCUGGAGUUUUGCUUCAUGAUGGGGAGUCCGCUGUGGGUUUUCAUGCGAGCUUGCUGUCAAGUGACGAUGAUGUCGGCAAAGGCGAAAGAUUUGGAAAAGGAGGUGGCGGUGGAGCUAGCAGUGAUGAGGAUCUGAGUGGGGUGAUGAUUGCUUUGAAGGAGGUCUUCGGAGCUCUGCCUGAUGGGAGAGCCUAUCUGGAUAACAUGACGGAUGUCACAAAGGCGUGCAGGUGCUGCCCCUACUGGAGAGUUGCCCUCUUUCUCGCCGCCCAUGGGGAGGAGACUGGAUUCGUUACCAUGGAAACCUUCACCCUGACCUGGUUACGGGUGACGAGAGCGAGUGAGGAUGACGCGGCGAGGUUCGUGUCGCUCCUGGCUCGGCCCGGGGUGGCUGGACUCACCCAGGAAGACUUCAUCCCCCUUGUGCAGGACAUUGUGGACACUCAUCCAGGGCUGGCGUUUCUAAAAGACGCUCCGGAGUUUCACUCGCGUUAUAUAACUACGGUUAUCCAAAGAAUAUUUUACACAGUCAACCGAUCGUGGAGUGGACGAAUUACAGUUAACGAGCUCAGGAGAAGUAACUUCCUUCAAACGCUGGCGCUGGUGGCGGAAGAAGACGACAUCAACCAGGUUACAGAAUACUUUUCUUAUGAGCAUUUCUACGUCAUCUACUGCAAGUUCUGGGAGCUGGACACCGACCACGACCUCUACAUCAGUGCCAGCGACCUGGCACGGCAUAGCGACGGAGCUAUUUCCAGUUGCAUGAUUCACAGGAUCUUCUCUGGGGCUGUUACACGUGGCUCCAUGGCGCAGCAGGCCGGACGCAUGAGCUAUGCUGAUUUCGUGUGGUUCCUGUUGUCGGAGGAGGACAAACGGACACCCACCAGCAUCGAGUACUGGUUUCGGUGCCUGGACUUGGAUGGGGACGGCGUGCUGUCUCUCUACGAGCUCGAGCACUUCUACAGUGAGCAGGCGCAGCGCAUGGAGGUCCUGGGCAUCGAGCCGCUGCCCUUCUGCGACUGCGUCUGCCAGAUGCUCGACCUCGUCAAGCCUGUUCGGCCAGCGUGCGUGACGUUGGGAGACCUCAAACGUUGUAAAAUGUCACACAUUUUCCUGGACACAUUCUUCAACCUGGAGAAAUACCUCGACCGCGAGCAGAGAGAGCCGUUCGCCAUCACCCGGGAUUUGGAUGGAGACGCACCCGAACUGUCCGACUGGGAGCGUUACGCCAUGGAGGAGUACGAGAUGCUGGUUGCCAAAGAGUCCGAGGCGGAUCAGCUCACCAAGGGGACGUCCGACGAAGACAUUGAUGAUGAAGACGACAUCCUGGCGGCCGCGGAACUCGCCGGCGAAAUUAACGCUCUCACCGCACAGAGCUGACGGUGACAAGAAACUCCCUCCUCCUCAAUCCACGUCAUUGCCACUCCACCAACAUGCACUUAUUUUUCCUACAACCCUCGACCACCAGCUUCCAUGGCAUUUGAGGGCAGGACAAUCAGGGAAUGCAAUCCUCUCCAAGGAUAUCUGGGGGGAAGUGCCAUCCCCUUGGUCAGUUUGAACCUUGAACCGUGUUCUGGCAGCAUUUCUGCUCGGUCCACAGCUCAUCGUAGUAGGUGAGGCUGAGGGCAAGGCUGAGAGCCUGGGCUAUAAUGCCCGGUUAAUCUCGUGUAAGGCUAGAACAGCUCCAAGCAUCGUUCCAUCACAAUCGCAGCCCUUUGUGUAAGACGGAUGAACGCGUGGGGGUGUGGAGAGGGGAGACCAUACACAAUCGUUCCUUCUGUCCAUCCGUCGGGAGAAAGCUGGACACGUUUGACAAGCGCUAUUGGCACAACGCGUGAAUGGUUAAGCGUGAUGCAUUACACGCGUGAGGUAUGUGUGUGUCUCAGUCCGUAUGCGGUCUCUCGUACGCAAACUUGACCUGUGUAUACACCCGCGUGCCGGUGUUGGAGCUGACAGUUCUGGAAACUCGUGUUUCCGGACUUUUGUAUGUUACUGUUAUGUUUUUUUCUAAAUUAUUUUAGUUUUUUUUUCCUCCCUAUCGCCAUUACGUCUUGAGAUGAAGGGGGGAAAAAAACGUUUGUUUGGCAACUCUCGCCGAGAGCGGUGCAACAUCUGGGGAGGAUGGCUGCUGAAGAUGACGUCGUGGGAACUACUUACGAACUACCGUGUAAGCUUUCGUGCUUGUUAUCGUACAGCUCUCCCGCGUGUUUUGUGGUUGUGGCCCACGAGCCGUUCGACGUGCCGACGUUUUACGCUGGGAGCUCCUUCAGGAAGCGAAUUCGGUUGUCGUUUCGAAAUGAACGUGCGCAAUUUGCAGUUGCAAAUCGAGAGGCCGUCGUUGUUGGCAACUUUAAUUCGGUUCCUGAAAAAGCUUCCAGAUCUCAGUUCGUUCAAUGCCCAACGACGUGCGGGAACAGCCAGAAAAAAAACACAUGGGAGGGGUUAUACAUCUGAAGUCGGUCACUUCAGCUGCGUCGCAUCCCCCACGCGAGUGGGCAGCACCACCUCAUAUACUAUGCAAAGAGUGUUCGGCGCAUGACAAUCACAGCAUCGGUCAAUUUAAAUAAACGAUUUAAGAAAACCA